CCUCACCCCCCAGCUUCCUGGGCUCGUGAAGUUGCCACCUCUCUCGUGGUCACUCCUGAGGUCUCUGUGGGAGAAUGUCACAAGCAAAAGAGCCGAACAUGAACCCGAGAUGAGCAGGAACGAAAGAAAGCUGGAGUCUCGUCCGCAAGACAGAGGAGCUGACCCCAGCACACAGGAGGAGAGCAAUCUUUCGGAUGCACCAGCUUGGAUGCAAGAAGCAGAGAUCACGGGCGACUCUGGCCGUGCACAUCCCAGGGACUGGAGCGUCAGUCUGUGCACGGAUAAGUGUUAGAGGCGUAAGGAAACUGCUGGCACCAUGGAGCUGGGGGCUGGGUGGCAAAGAGGGACACAGGCACCUCAGGAAUGUGGCUGGGAAGGGAUGCAAAUGGUGAGGAUCUGCAAGAGGAGUACAUAGAUCCUGGAGUACCAGACCAGGGGGCCAAGCAGACAGGGCCCAUUGCCAAGGCAGCCAUCAAGUAAACAAGACGUAACCCGAGUCCCUGCAGGCGGCGCACCAUCAGAGGCCCGCCCUCCACGCCGCUCACCCGUGCCCAGUGCACCUAGACCGGGUGCUGCCGGGUCGGGUGCCUCCCGAGGCAAGCCAAGGGACUGCAAGCGAAGGAGACAAGUGGGGCGGCUCCUCCCCUCCUCUCUCUUGUUGGGAAGGCCGCCAGAACUGCUUCCCACGACUGGGUCCGGUCUGGUCUCAACGGCCUGGUCUGGGGGAGUCGCUCUACAGGACGUCCACUGCCCCGGAAUUCUGCCAAGCCGGGGGCGGGUUGGGCGAACGAGCCUAGGGAGCCCCCGCCCUUCCCUGCUGCUCAGCGUCACUCGUGACGUCCCGGUGAUGGAUGGGAGGAAAGCAGAGAGCUGUGAGGAAGGCGGUUCUGCGAGCUGCUAGAGGCUGAAAACCCCGGAAAGCCUGAGUGCUUGCUGCCUUGGGAAUCUUCAGAGUGUAGGGAAGAUGGGUGACUUGCCCUUGGGUAUCAACAUCCAGGAACCUCGAUGGGACCAAAGCACAUUCCUAGGCAGAGCCCGGCAUUUCUUCACAGUUACUGACCCUCGAAAUCUGCUGUUGUCCGGGGACCAGCUGGAAGCUUCCCGAAACAUUGUGCAGAAUUACAGGGCCGGUGUGGUAACCCCGGGGCUCACGGAGGACCAGCUAUGGAGAGCCAAGUAUGUGUAUGACUCUGCAUUCCACCCGGACACAGGGGAAAAGGUGGUCUUGAUUGGCCGCAUGUCAGCCCAAGUGCCCAUGAACAUGACCAUUACGGGCUGCAUGCUCACCUUCUACAGGACGACGCCGACUGUGGUAUUCUGGCAGUGGGUGAACCAGUCCUUCAAUGCCAUCGUGAAUUAUUCCAAUCGCAGUGGGGAUGCUCCCAUCACUGUGCGGCAGCUGGGAACAGCCUAUGUGAGUGCCACCACCGGGGCUGUGGCCACUGCUCUGGGACUCAAAUCUCUCACCAAGCACCUGCCCCCACUAGUGGGUCGAUUUGUGCCCUUCGCAGCUGUGGCCGCUGCCAACUGCAUCAACAUCCCCCUGAUGAGGCAGAGGGAACUGCAGGUGGGCAUUCCAGUGACUGAUGAGGCAGGUCAGAGGCUUGGCCACUCGGUGACUGCUGCCAAACAGGGAAUCUUCCAGGUGGUGAUAUCGAGAAUCGGCAUGGCGAUUCCUGCCAUGGCCAUUCCUCCAGUGAUCAUGAACGCUCUGGAGAAGAAAGACUUCCUGAAGCACCGCCCCUGGCUGGGAGCGCCCCUGCAGGUGGGACUGGUAGGCUUCUGCUUGGUAUUCGCCACGCCCCUGUGCUGUGCCCUGUUCCCCCAGAGAAGCUCCAUACGUGUGACCAGGCUGGAGCCGGAGCUGAGAGAUCAGAUCCAAGCUCAACACCCCAGCAUCGAGGUGGUUUACUACAACAAGGGGCUUUGAGGGGAGUUGGCCCCUGCCCCUUUCCUUACCUCCUCAGGCUGCUUCUUGGGUGCCACCUAACAAUGCUACCACUUGUUUAUCUUCUGGGUCAGGGGAUUAAGUGGGGAGUAGCCACUGAGACCAGCAACCCCUCAGCCUGGGGGAGGUAGUCCUGUAAGCUUCUCCUCUCCUCUCUGGUUUCAAAGAGCAAGUCACAAAACCCAUUCCUCCUGAGCUCGUGUGAGCACAGACAUACGUAUGCCACACAUGGAAGUGUUCACAUAUUUGGUAGGCUUUUCUAGGAUGUCUUAAUAUUUGGCUUCCCACCCGUCUCCUGUCCACCUAACAGCAAGCCAGGUCACAAAGGUGACACUUCCUUCCCUAAACUGUUCCUCUGGCCAAGACUUACCUGACAGUAUCUUACCCUUCUGGAUAUAGGUGAAGCCCCAGAAUCCCAGAACACUGACUGAGAGCCACCAGCACUGAGAGCCACCAGCCAUACAAACAGAGCCCAAUCCUUCAGGUUUUGAGUAGGUGGCUCCAAAACCUGGCUCAGGAUCUGGGCUGGCAGAGGAAGUGGUGUUGGGAUCAGGGUGACAAGGGGCUCACGCCUGCUGUGCCCCACAUCCUAGAAUGGCUCCAUUCCUGUCUUCUCUCCUAGUGGAAUGAAGGGAUGGUGGUAGCCUGUACUGCCCUCCACGCUGCAGUGUGGGUGCUUUAGGGAUAGUUUUAGGCAUUCUUGGUCUAUUCUGAUGUCAUGACUUGAAACAGAAAUCCCACAAUUCCAAUUCCUUCCCUAAUCAGAAAGGCACACAGGCAAAGCAGGCAUUCCCCGUCACGAACUGCCACCACCUGUCCCCACUUCUAGGGGGCUGGUGUGUGGGAAUGGUGCUUAAGCACAGGCCUCACACGUACAAUCUCGAGACAGGUACUUCUGUGUUUCUUAGACAUCCACCAAACCUCAGCUCCUUCCUGGCCACCUUCCUUCCCGGGGAUUCACAUACGCUAGGAAAGUGUUCUGCCACUGAGCUACAUCUCCAGCCCUUUUCUUCCUCCUGUCUCUCUUCCUUCUUCCUUCCUCCCUCCCUUCUUUCUUGUCUCCUUCCUUCCUUCCUUUUGUUUGCUUUUCCAGACAGGGUU